GAAUCCUCCAUGAAUGCUUUUUGGGUUCCAGCUCAGGCUGCCGUCAUCAUCAUCAUCAUCGUCACCAUCAUUUGAGUCAGUGGGUGGAGGCUAACGCAGACUACAAAUAUCGACCCCCCCUCGGUGGACUCUGACUUCAGCACGCAGCGUUCCUGUGCUCCACUUUUUCCGCCACUUCCCUUUUGGAUCACCGCAGGAUAUUUUUUUUCCGUCGCAGUCAUGUUAAGAAACAACGUUUUCUCCUGUUUUGUUUUCUACGCCGUGCUGCUGGUGCUCAAGAUGUACAUGCUGGCCUUCAUCACGGGACAAGUCAGGCUAAGGAAGAAGGCUUUUGCCAACCCCGAGGACGCGAUGAGACACGGCGGACUGCAGUACCACAGGCUGGAUCCUGACGUGGAACGAUGCCGCAGGGCCCACCGCAACGAUAUGGAGAACAUCUUCCCCUUCCUCUUCCUGGGCACCAUCUACUCCAUGACGGGCCCGUCUCCGGCCACGGCUCGCCUCCACUUCCUGGCGUUCACGGCGUGCCGGAUGCUGCACAGCGUGGCCUACCUGGCCGCUCUGCCGGCGCCCACCCGCUCGCUGGCCUACGUGGCGGCGCAGGUGCCCUGCGUGUCCAUGGCGCUGCAGAUCCUGGCGGCGGUCGCCACCUACGCUUAAGCGCGCCAUCGCCACUCGCCGCUAAACCGACAUCGGACUCUGAAGUUUAUUGAAGGCGACGGGCGAGGGUUUCCCGAACUUGCUCGUUUUCUUCAACCUCGAAGACAAUCGGGUGUUUUCGUAAACACGGAGGACAAUUUUGUCGUCAGCGAACCUGACAUAUUUGCCUUCGUAAUAAUUGUUUUGGGUUUUUUUUUUUUUUUUUUUUUUUUUUUGGAAUAAAACAAAAUAAGUCACUUCAUGAACAUCGAAGACAAAUUCAGAAUAAAUAAAUUCAGUGUGACUGUAAACAUUGUCUUCAACAAAGCUAAUGUACGUGUUUUCAGAAAUAUCAGUCUUCCGCAAACGUCUUUUUUUCAGACUCAAUUCAAAAAAAUAUAUAUCAUUUUUAUGAACAUCAAAGGCAAUUUAGCCUUCCACAGACCUAACAUAUGCAGUUUCGUAAACAUUGAAGUCGAUUUAGUUUUUUUAGUAAACUUAACCUGUAUGUUUUCGUAAACAUCGGUUUUCAACGAACGUAACGCACAUUUUGUGUUUUGGUAAACAUCAAAAACAAUUUCGUCCUCAACAAACAUAAUGUAUGUGUGUCUUCGUAUUCGUUUCUGUUAUUUUACAGAUUCAAACAAAAAAGUGGACUUUUUGUAAACAUAAAACACAAUUUGAUACACAUCGGAAUCAACUUAGCCUUAAGUGAACUGAACGCGCGUACUUUGGUAAACAGCCACGGAUCUCACACCUUGUUCGGUAUUUGGGGGAUUUUUGUCAAGAGUUUUUCGGAAACAUGAAAAAGACAAUUUAGCGAACCGACCGUACGUGCUUUCGUAAACAUCAAAGACAAUGCGGAGUCCUCAAUGGACCGCUCAUACGCGAUUAUUUCGUGAACGAUAUUGAUGACAUUUUCGGGUGGCCUCUUGAGCUGGGAAAAAUGUUUGUUAAAGUCUGAUUUUCACCGGAUGUUUACACGCAAACAAUAUGUUGGGUCGAAGUGUGUCGUGACAGCAUUAAGAAUCGACUCACGGUGGCUCUUUUUGCCGGUUUUUUUUGUCUCUACUUGAAAAUGCGAAGGAAGCGCCUCACAAGGGCUGAAUAUUUCAUGUCUGAAUAUUUAUUUAAUUAUUUAAGAUAAAACGUUAACUGUAAUAAAAUGAUUGUUUUUGUUGUUGUUGUUGUCGUUUUGGGUGUGUGCAAGUUGAAAAUAAAAUCUGUCCGUGCAGACUUUUUUUCUCGCAA